UUCAACAAUAUGUGAGUGAACUUCGUACCAUGGGAAUCAAGCGUAUUCUAACAGUUUCUCAUAACGGAUAUGGUCCUGAUAAAGAAUUAGCCGCAAGGACUUAUGGUGUUGCGGUGCAUAUUGGAGGUCAUAGUCAUACUCUUCUAUCUAAUGAUACAACUUCCGAAGAUCAUAAUUUAGCAGCGGGUCCGUACCCUACUACUGUCAAGAAUGCCAUAGGCGAAGAUACUUUGGUUGUUCAGGCAUUUUGGUCUGGCAAAUAUAUAGGACAUUUGGACGUAUCAUUCGAUAAAGAUGGAAAAGUAGUCAACUAUUCAGGUGCACCAAUUCUCGUAGAUCAGUCAAUUCCUCAAGAUCCCGAAAUAGCUGACUUGGUAAAGCAAUGGAGAGAACCAUUUGAUCAGUAUACAAAAACAGUAAUUGGCAAAGCUAGUGCACUGUUUGAUCAAUUAUCAUGCCAGAGAAGUGAAUGUACAAUGG